AUGAAUAGAUUGUUUGGUUAUGGGAACGAGAAAAGUCAUGAGCAGAUGCUACAAGAGUCUGGGAGGGCGAUGGGCCAGGCUCAACAAGGGUUACAAGAGAGGGUUUCUCAGCUAGAUACCCAGAUAUCACAGCUCAAUUUCCAAUUGCAAAGCUUGCAGAAGAAAAUUUCUUCGUCUAGGUCAACUGCUGGUCAGAGGCCUUUGAGACAACAGGCUCUCAAGCUAUUGAACAAGAGGAAGAAGUUAGAAACCAUGCGAGACUCGUUGGAUUCGCAAGCCUGGUCAAUGACCCAAGCUCAAAUGACUAGUGAUAAUCUUAAGAAUACUAUGGUCACAGUGAAUGCAUUAAAACAGACAAAUAAGGCGCUUAAGGCACAGUAUGGGAAGAUUAAUGUGGAUAAAUUGCAGGAUAUGCAGGAUGAGAUGAUUGACUUAAUCGAGCAGGGUGAUGAAUUGCAGCAAGUGUUGGCAAUGAAUUCUGGUGAUGUUGAGGAUAUCGAUGAAAGUGAAUUGGACGCCGAAUUGGAUGCGUUGGCAGAUGAACAAUUGAUGGGAUCUGGGAUUGAUGAAUCGGGGCUCGAAGUGCCUUCAUACUUAACCGACACUGUUCCUCAGUUUGUGGACGAAGAACCUCAAACAGAGAGUGCGAACAAAGCUUUAGAGAGUGCCCAGUAA